GUGACCUACUGUCGUGCGCUGCGAAGCAGGCGGCCGGACGGGUUGAAUGCGGCUACUUUUGCGUCCAGAAUGAGCGUCGUUUCGCAGUCGGUUGUUCACGAGGCAUGACGUGGUGAGUCGUUUCAUACUAAAUGAAAGUGACAAUAAAGCGCCUCGCUUAUCGUCCGCGGCAACUGCGCCGUUCUCUCCGCUGCUCUCAUGCUGAAUCUGCUCUUCUGAGGUGAUAGUGGACCCCCCCCCCCCCAGAGAUAUUGACAUUAGGAGACUUGGACAACUGCUUCCCAUGCGAAGAUGCUUCUGCGGACUUGGCUGUGCAGACUGGGAGGACGCCGGUGUCCGGAGAGAAGGUCCGCCGGUGUGAUUGCCUCGUUGAAUCCCUCACAAUCCUCCCAGCAACGAAAACACGAACCCACAUCGAGGACUCUCUCAACCUGGUCUACCUCCGGGAUCUUUCCCAGCACCUGGUAUCCAGACUGCUGUAAGGAGCAACGGCCUUGGAGAAGAAAUGCUCCGCAUGUUUCGGGUGGGUUUCAGCGCAACAGCAGCACCUUGUUGGAUGACCUUGGGACUCUCCGUGCAUGUGGAGGUUCACAGAGGCGUCCCUAUUCAACCAACCUCGUCAAGUCGGUUUUAAAAUCAGGUCUGAAACCGGUAUCAGUCCCCGGGAAGAAGGUCCCCAAAGGGCCAAGAACAAAACAACCAUCCAGAGCCAAUCAGCCUCACCAGGAGGAGGACAAGGAUAUGAUGCAGUGCAUUGCCUUUGCAACAGCGGAUCAGUACCAUCUGCCAACGCUGUGCCAUGACCUGAUAGGGAACAACUUCCAUGAAGUGGCUUUACCAAGAGAUGCUUCGAACGUGUUGGUGAUAAGCACCGACAGCGCUGCUAAACCGGACGACAACGCGGUGAUGUUCUUCUUCAGGGAAGGGUCUGUGGUCUUCUGGAAUGUCGAGGAGAAAACGAUGAAGAGGGUGAUGAGGAUACUAGAACAACACGAGAUCCAACCCUAUGAAGUAGCGUUAGUCCACUGGGAAAACGAAGAGAUCAACUAUUCCUUUGGCGAGGGAAAGUCAAAGCUCGAGCGCGGUAACUUCGUCCUCAACAGUGACAUCGACCAGGAGGAAGCCGUCCUGGAGAAAUUUGCGUUUUCGAACGCGUUGUCUUUAUCAGUGAAACUGGCAAUAUGGGAAGUCUCCUUGGACAGCUUCGUAGAGUCAAUUCAGUCAAUUCCAGAGAUGCUCAAGUCCGGGAAAAGCGUGAAGCUGUCCAGGACAGAAGUCAUGCAGAGGAUAGGAGAGCUCUUUGCUCUGAGACACUGUAUAAACCUGAGCUCUGACCUGCUCAUCACACCGGACUUCUACUGGGACCGUGAGAACCUGGAGCAGCUCUACGACAAGACCUGCCUGUUCCUCAGCAUCAACCGCAGGGUAAAGGUUGUCAAUGAGAAACUGCAGCACUGCACUGAGCUGACAGACUUGAUGAGGAACCACCUGAGUGAGAAACACAGUCUACGACUGGAGUGGAUGAUCGUCAUCCUCAUCACUAUCGAGGUGAUGUUUGAACUUGCAAGAGUGGUCUUCUGAGCUGCUGCGUACCCAAGUCCCCAACUGGUCCUGGGAAUCGUAAGGAGGAACGCUGUGCAGCGCAGAUUUACUCUGUCACACAAGUUACAUAAAUUACAUGAAAUCUAAGAAAUAAUGGACGCAAAUGUGUACAAAGUUCCCAGAGUUGAUUUUGUGCACACCUUUCCACACCAUGUAAUAAAUCAUUUUGUACCAUUUCAUUAUUUUGCGUAAUGUCACUGCAUGUAGAGAAAUUCAAAUGUGGCGUGUGCGUUUGUUCAGACUUUGAUGAAUAUACGUGUGUGUAAAUCCGGUCGGUGAGUCAUUUAAAUCAGAUCCCUUUGAAUGUGGUUGCGUGUUUUUAGCUUUUUGCUUUCUACGUGGGGUUAGAACGUCAUCAGUGGCUCUGUAAACCGACGGGCGUUACCAUGGUUACCAGAAUGGACAAGCCCAAGAGCUCAAAGUCGUCAAUACUUUGUCAUAAAAGAUGAAA